AUGUCUACAACUUUUACUAAGCCUCGCCCAACAGUUCCACCGAAACCUGCAAGACUUUCUGUAAGUGCUCAAAAACACAAUUCUAGCUAUUCUCUGAAUUCUAUAACAACCGAUUCAAAAAAUUCAACAGACUCUAUUAUUACAAAUGGCUCUUCUUCUUCCACCACUUCCUCCACCCUCACUAUUACAACAAACACUAGCAUUUCAGAAAUGUUAUUAAACUCUCCAAACUUAACAGAUUCACCAACACAAAGCUCACCAAUAGAACAAAACCAUCAACGACAACAACAAGGAGAGGUAUAUGAAGAAGGAGGAGAACAAAGCUAUAUUGAUCCAUCAGAGAUUUAUUUACCGCCUGUUGGUCGUGAAGCUAGAGCAUUAUAUGAUUUCAGUGGUGAAGCAUCGUAUCGCGAAUUGUCUUUUAAGGCAGGGGACGUUUUGAAUGUUUUAAAGGAAAAUUUGGCAGAGGGAUGGUCAUUGGCUGAAAAAGAUGGUAUUACAGGUCUUGUACCUGAAUCAUAUAUAACGGUAAAUAUUUUUCUUUUUUAA